AUGGAUGAUGCCACCAGGGGCCUGCUCUGCUUCCACGGGACGAUCCCAGUACCGUACCACGGGGCAGUAUUCAAUAUUCCCAGUGAAGUUCUGGUUCCCGCUGGAGUUCCCGACGCACCGGCCGAUUUCAAGGCGGGCAAGUACGUGGAUGACAAGUGCAAGAUCUACCACCCGUAUCUGGCCAGCUGGUCGAGCGAGUCAGUGACAGUGGAGCUUAUUGCGCAGCUCAUCAAGGUGUUCUCGCCGCCCAGCCAGACGGUGAUGCAGCCGGCAAAGAAGCCGGAGUCGGCAUUUGUCCGGCCCAUGUCGGCGGUUGAAAGCGAGCUGGCGGGCGUGACGGCAGCGGCGGCCAGCAUAUCGGUGGACUCGGCUCAGCACGGACCUGGACCAAUAGCACAGCCAUCGAAGGCACACCCCUCGUACCAACCUGAGCCCGCCGACAGCAGCAGCCCGAGAGCCCGCAUGUGGAGCCGCAAAGAAAUUCAGUCAGCAGCGAGGCAGGGAGUGCGCACGCGGUGGCUCAGCAGCCAGCGUCGCCACAUCCCCGGUGUCCCAACAGGCAGUGCAGCCAGCACCCCGGUGGUAUCUCAACAGGCAGUGCAAGUGGCAUCGCCGGUAGUGCCCCAGCAGACCGUGCAGCCAGCAGCCGCAUCGCCGCCGCGGUCGUCGCUGCUGGACACAGACCCGGUGGAUGACCCGCAGAAGCGGCUGAUCGGAUACCAGCUGGCGAUAUUCGACCGGGUGUUUGAGGCAGUAAAGAAGUCAAGCGAGAAGCACGCCAAGAUGAACAAGGAGCUGCUGGACCAGUCGGCGAACCUGAACUCGGGGGCGGGGGUGAUUGCCGAGGAGCGGCGGCAGCUGACGGAGUCGCAGCGGCAGCUGGAGGGCAACAUCCGCGUGCUGGAGGCCAAGGUCGCAGAGCUGCAGGCGAAGAAGACUGCGUUCCCCGAGCCCGCGCGCGUCGGCGACCAGCUGUUUGACCUGGCGGGCGAGAUUAGCGCAGCCGACGACGUGCUGUACUACCUCGGCAAGUCGCUGGACGACGGCAAGCUGCCGCUUAACAUUUACAUGCGGCAGGUGCGCAAGCUCGCGCAGCAGCAGUUCAUGGCCAAGGCGCUGGCCAACAAAAUCCGCAGCCUGUGCCAGCUUGACGCGUAAGCCAAUAUCAGAGCUUUCGCACUUCUUUACUAUCUUUUCUUUACCUCUGUAUAAGAUGUCAUAGUCCAAGUGUCCGUCGAACGCUAGUUCCUUGUCAACCAGCAAAGAAAGAAAAAAGUGUCUACAGCACCGCAUCAGCAGCCACCACUCCCACCCGCUGGCCAUGGACUUGCGCGCGAUGGGCCAGAACGCCUGCUGCAGAAUCGGCGCCGGCUCCACGCCUGCCCUCUCGGCGCCCUUGGUGAACCGGUCCAGCACCCCACCAGGUACUCGAGCGGGCUGUUCCACUUGUCCUGCUCCAGGCGCUUCAGCCGGUCCAGGUCCUCGUCGUCUUGCGUGGCUCCGCUAAUGCCC